AACUAAAAUUCCCAUUAAUGCAGAUGCUAAAUGUACCAGCAAAAGUGACACGAGUUCGUAUGAAAAGUGAGAAGAAAAGGGUAGAUACUACUAAAUAGUAGAAGAUAAAUUAGGGCAUGAAAUCCUCUUAUCCAAUUAUUUUAUCAUUAUAACAACAGUAGUUGAAAAGGUGAUUGGGCAGGUAGAGUGAUUGAACAGAGAAGGGGAAGAACCAAUGAUAAUUUCUGCACAGAAAAGAUAUCAAUUCCAAGACAUAACCUGAAUUCUUCCCCAAUCUUCCCCCUUUCAACGUAACCCAACCCUCACUCACUCCUUCAGCUUCAUAUUGUGCAAAAGAUUUCUCCUUUCCCUUCAUUUCAGAUACCAUUUUGCUCACUUCUUGCAAUGGCAUCAACCCCAACUCACCCACCACACUUCUCUUCCAUACCCCCAAAACCCUCCAACAACAACCAACGCCAUCACCACAACAACAGUAACCAUAUUAGGAACCAGCACCGCCGCAACAACAAGAACCGUUGCUCUUCCACUAGGUUCUACUAUUCCUCAAACCCCUCACCUGCAUCACCAACUCCUGCAGGUGCAGGUGCAGGUGUUCCCUCUGCUGCUGCAGCUGCCACUGCUCCUGCUGCAUUUUCAUCUUCCCUCAGCUCGUUUCUUGGUGGCAGCGGCGGCCGGAGAACCCGGCUUGCCCCUGAGUUUUCCGGUCGCCGUUCCACCAGGCACUUGGGGAAGAUGAACUCCGGUGGCCCGCGGGCUGUUCCGAACAACCAUGUGCAUUCCAAGGAGGCAGAGGAGGCCCUGCAUUGCCUCACUAGUGCUGGUAAUGAUGAUGCUGCUAUAGAAAAUGUGUUGCUUAGUUAUGAACAUAGGCUUAAUGGUGUUGAGGACUAUGUUUAUUUGAUUCGGGAGUUUGCCAAUACUGAUGACUAUUUGCUAGCUUCUAGGACUUAUGAUUUUGCCUUGAGUAGAGUGAGUGGGAAUGGUGAUAAGGGGAAGUUGACUAGCAACAUGAUUCGUACUCUUGGUAGGUUAAGGAAGAUUGAGCUUGCCUUGGAUCUGUUUGAAUUGUCUAGGAAUCAAGGGUAUGGAAACACUGUUUAUACCUUUUCCGCCAUGAUUAGUGCCCUUGGCUGGAAUAAGAGAUUUCUUGAUGCUGUGAGGUUGUUCAGAAGCAUGGAAGGCAUUGGCUUGAAGCCCAAUUCGGUUACCUAUAAUGCUAUUAUUGAUGGAGGUGGAAAGGGUGGAGUGGACUUUGACACGGUUGUCAAGUUUUUUGAAGAGAUGGUAGCCUCUGGCUGUGUGCCGGAUCGGUUUACUUACAAUUCACUUCUCAAAACUUGUGUCCCAAGGGGUAGGUGGCAACUGUGUCAGAAGUUGAUGGAUGAAAUGGAUAGGAAAGGGAUUGAGCAUGAUGUGUAUACUUACAAUACAUAUGUGGAUGCACUGUGUAAAGCUGGACAAAUGGAUUUUGCUAAGAAAAUUAUGGAUGAGGAUAUGCCUGGUAAGAACAUUUGGCCCAAUGUAGUGACUUAUUGUACUUUGAUGGAUGGCUAUUCUAAGGCUAACCGCUUAGAGGAUGCCCUAAAUGUACAUGAUGAAAUGAGGCGUUUGUUGAUUAGGUUGGACAGGGUGUCUUACAAUACACUGGUUGGAGUUUAUGCAAAGCUUGGUUGGUUUGAGGAGGCAGUGAGUACAUGCAGAGAGAUGAAGAAUUGUGGAAUAAAACAUGAUGUUGUAACUUAUAAUGCACUUAUUGGAGGAUACGGUAGACAUGGGAAGUAUACUGAGGUUAGGAGAACCUUUGAUGAGAUGAAAGCCAGACAGAUUUAUCCUAAUGAAGUAACUUAUUCAACAAUGAUUAAUGUGUACACUAAAGAUAGAAUGUAUGCUGAGGCGAUGGAUGUUUAUAGAGAGUUUAAGCAGAGAGGCUUGGCUGUAGAUGUGGUAUUUUAUAGUGCUCUCAUUGAUGCUCUGUGCAAAAAUGGUUUAAUUGAAUCAUCUAUGAGGUUGCUUGAUGGAAUGACAAAGAAAGGAAUUAAGCCCAAUGUUGUCACUUACAACUCCAUUAUUGAUGCCUUCCGAGUUUGGCAGGUGUCAGCUUUGGAAUGUGGGGUUGAUACUACUUUUCAAGGAAAUGAACUUCAAAUUGAACCUUCAUCCUCUAGGCUUAUUGCAGGUACUUUUGGGAAUCAGAAUACUGAUGAUGAAAUCAUGAGGAUGUUUGAGCAACUUGCAGCUGAAAAAGCAGGUGACACAGAGAAGGGUAAGAGGAGCAAACAAGGCAAUUUCUGCAUAUUGCGGCUAUUUCGAAAAAUGCAUGACAUGGAAAUCAAACCAAAUGUUGUCACAUUUUCAGCCAUUUUAAAUGCUUGCAGCCAUUUUGAUUCUUUUCUAGAUGCUUCAAAGCUAUUAGAUGAGCUACGCCCGUUUGAUCAACAGGUGUAUGGCGUAGCUCAUGGACUACUUAUGGGUUAUGGUUACAAGGAAGAGGUAUGGUCUCAGGCUAAAGCUCUGUUUGAUGAAAUCAAGCAGAUGGAUUCUUCAACAGCAUCUGCAUUUUUUAAUGCUCUGACUGACAUGCUUUGGCACUUUGGUCAGAAACUGGGGGCUAAGCUGGUUGUACUUGAAGGGAGAAACCGACAUGUGUGGAAAGAUGGUUGGUCUGCUUCAUGCUUGGAUCUGCAUCUGAUGUCCUGUGGAGCAGCCUGUGCAAUGGUGCAUGCAUGGCUGCUGCACAUGCGUACCACAGCUUUUAAAGGCACUGACCCACCUGAAAUAUUGAGCAUUUUAACUGGAUGGGGCAAACAUAGCAAAGUGGUUGGUGAUGGCUCUUUAAGAAAGGCUGUUGAGGCACUCUUGAAUGGCAUGGGUGCACCCUUUCGGAUUGCUGAGUGUAAUUUAGGGAGGUUUAUAUCACAAGGACCUGUAGUAGCUGCCUGGUUGAGACAACCAAGCACAUCCUAUGCACUUGAUCUGCAUGAUCACAUAGUUAAUUCUGAACCUGUUGACCGUAUGUUUAGUUUGCCAUCUCUGUACUUGUAGUAUUUACAGAAUCAUGGUGCUUUCUUAGUAAAAAGUCCUUGCUUUCAAUGUCUAGCCUUUCUUCAUAAUGCUUUACUGGAGGGAUUGAUCUAGAAAACAAGUGUAAUAGGGGAAAAAUUGAAUGCAUAAACUACUUUCCUCAAUUGAAUGCAUACAUAAUUCUGUUGGCAGUUGUCUCGUAUAUGAAUAUGAAACCCAUGCUUAUACAAUAGGUUAUCUUGUUAUCCUAUUCCAAUAUCAAAGUUAUAAAUCAUUGAAUAUUAAUGAU